ACAAGACAUCCUGCACCCCAAAAUGACCGCGGCCAACCCCUCCCCUCGCCCAUGCCAGGAUGGCUCGGACUUGGAGACCGCCGGGCUGUCCCUCGUCGGGAGCCAGAAGCCUGCGCCGCCAGUGUGUGUUCAUCCUGUCGGCCUGGAAGGGGGCCUGCAAGGGGGCCUGGAAGGGGGCCUGCAUGGCGACGCGCAGGAGGACUGUGGUGUUGCAGCCACGGACAUGCAGCCAGUGGAGGAGGGGGUUGGGGGUGAAGAUAGCUCCAUGCAGCCCCAAGAGGCACUUUGGGACAUGGACGGUCUCGGGAGUCUCAGUCUCGAAGAAGAGGUGGAGGGCCCCGCCAGCUCGGCUAGUUUGCACAGCCCUGACUUGUUUGGUAAUGAAGAAAACAUCGGCAGCUUGCCUAGCUCCUCCGGCAGCUGCCCCAUACCAGCCAGCCAGUUUGUUUUCAUGGCAAAGUCUCAGAGGGAAGUGCCUAGCAAUGCUGACACAGACAGCUCUCUCGGAGAAAUCAGUGAUAUUGAGAGCGUUGGUGGUGACAUGGAAGACAGUCAUGGUGGGCCUAGUCCAGCACGCCAAUACUUUGUGCAUUCAGACUUUGAAAAUCAGGAAACUUUAGCUUCGCUAGCAGAAAUUCAGGAGCAUGAGAAAAAUGCCUUUGGUUUAGUUGGUGCACAGUGCUUAGAUUUCAAUGUGCCAUUGGAUGCUUUUCAAAAGACUCCUUCAAAGCUAGUUUCUAGAAAUUGGAUUGUGGACAUUGAGGCAGAAACUUUGCAGCAAUUCCCUUAUUACAAAAAUGAUUUUGAAGAAAACUCUCCUCAUGGCCAACAACAAGAUGAAGAUGACGGUCAUUCAGAAGAACAGCCCAUCACUGAAAAUGGUUUGCUGAGCGAAGAAAGUUGCAAUAUGCCCUCAGUGGAUGAAGCUCAAAUUUCUUAUGGCUCGUCCUCAACUUCUACUUCUCCCAACAGGGAUCUGGAUGCCCUGCAACUAACUCAAAGUGCUCCACUAAAACGCAGAGCAUCUUUCAAACGAUCGGAGCAACUGAAUGUGAAGCGAAGUAGGAGGAACUGGGAACAGUGGUAUGAACAAUUCAAGACUAUUGUAACAACUGGAGAGCAGAAAAAAGUUGCACAGGCACAACUACUUUCAAAAUUCUCCAAUGAGACAGAUGCAGAAGAUAAUGCUCAGGUUGAUACUGAUUUAGAAAUGUUGAGUCCUGUGUUGUUUCAACACGAGAUAAGUUGCAAGAGUGGAUUGGAAGGUGUUUCCAUUCCCCAUUGUUCCACACCACUGAGCUGCAACCGAGGAGAGAGACCCUUUACCAAUGCGUCACAAAGUCCUUUUGCUUUAACAGACAAAGAUCAGUUAGUGCCUGAAGAGAACUGCCCCCCUAAUGCAGAACCAUGCUGCAGCACAAUGGCUUAUCCAUGUCAGAGGAGACUUUUUAACUGGGAAGAGCCAUCAUGGAAACCUUCUGCUUCAGAGGCAAAUUCAUCUGACCUAGAAAAUGAACCGUCAGAAGAGCCACAACAUCAAUAUAUUGCUCAGAGAUCUGUGCUCAGAUUGGGUCUCUCCAAACGACAUCGGCCUAAACCUUUACAUCCGCAGAAGCCUAAAUGGUGGGUGCUGCAACAAUGCACUCUUCUGUAAUUUUUAUUUGAGAACUAAUUUAAUCACAUCAUAAAGGUGGCGAAAACAAUCUGUGGCUGAAAAGAAAUACACAAUAGACAUUAAGCGACGAAAAUAUUGUAACCGGUAAUCAGCACCUCAUAGUGAUAUUUAUUUCAGUGAGAACCCUCUAACACUCACUUCUUGCUACAGAGCACCUUAGAAGGUUUUUCCAGUGGUGGGGGUGAUCCAUAGCUGCCAUAAUCUGAGCCAAUCCAUGUCUUUCUCUGAAAGCGGCCUAUUGGCUGCCACUUAGAAGUUGGUAUUGCUGCUGAACCUCUGUAACAUAUCAAUUCAGCUGUCCAAGGGGUCUGCCUAUUUGCAGAUUGUCUGUUUUUAUUCAUAAGUUAUUGAAUAUUUAUAUUUACACAUUUGUUUUUACCUUUUAAUGAAUUUUUAAAGGAUGUGUCAUGUAAGAAUGAAUUUCAUCUAAUGUUUUCUUUGUUUCUUAUUAUUUUAUAUUUUUGCCAAGCAAAAUUGUUACUUUUAGCCCAAAACAAAUAAAAGUAAUUUUCUGAGUACAA